AUGUGGCAUGCUGCUAGGCAACAUGAGCGAAAGGUGAAUGCGGUUAUGGUUGAUCACAAAGCUAGAGCGGAGCGGAGAGCAAAGUACUACAAGUCGAAGCUCGUCGAUCCCUCACAGCUACUUCGCGUCACUGGGACAUCCUGCAAACUGUACCCGGACGCGCAACAAUUCUAUUAUCAUGAAAAUCAGGAUAACUUAUUGAAAUGGCAGGGGGAUGAAGAAGCGCGCAUUGACAGAUUCGAUGGACGCGGGCUUCUGGACUUUGUCCCGACUGUUAAUCCGGGCCAGCCAAUAGAACCUGCUGAAGAUGACGAACUGGUGGAAGAACUCAACUUUGAGCGGUACAGGGAUCUAGUGGAAAGUGACAGGCUAGAGAGGGUUGAAAGUUCUGUUCUGGAUCGUAUUGAUGAAGAAUGGAACGAUCUGUUGACAAAACAACGGGGAGACCCGAAGCAAGACAAGCAGCAGGGUUCUUCAUGUACCCCAUCCGCUGGCGCUUCUAUUGGAUAUACGUAUGAGGAGGGUCGAGUAGCCGAUGAGCCGCAGGAAACGCCUCUGCUCCAGCAGGAAGAUCUUUUGAGCAACAUUGAAGAAUUAGAAGAUGCCGACAUUGCUGUCCUAAAUCAGAUCGCGGAACCAUAUGGAAUUGAUGAUUACUACUAUAGGAUGCGCCUGGUUAAAAAGGAGCAGGAGGCACAUCGCGCAGAUGAGGAGGCUGGAUUGCGGCUACACAAUCAACGAAAGCGGGCUCGUGGAAAACGGCAGAGGAGCAAGGAAAGACGCACUACAACUCAUGAACCAAUAUCACGACCCGCGGUCUAUAACCGGCGAGCAAGUCCGACUUAUGCACCGUAUGCAAGCGAUAUUGCUAUUCCAGAACGCAACCGGGAACCAGAAAUUGGAGAAGGCGAAGACUCAAUCGAGUUCAUUACAGAGUUUGCCUGUGAAAGUGUCGAACCCGAGGAUAAUGGAGGAAAUCACACGCGAUCCCCCAGAUCCUAUAGUCGAUUGGAAGAUGAUUCGGAGAUUGCUUACCGUUCACCGUCAAUAGCCUCGUCAUCUUCGUCUAUUUCCGCCAGGCAGGCGGAGAACGGUAAACCACAGACGGUAGCAAAAAAGAAGCUUACCCCUCUCGAGCGGCUUAAACAAAAGGCGCAAAUGGCACUGGAAAAGCAAAGUCAGAUAUCGUUUCCAGUGUGUCUUCUUACGCAUGCUCAGGAAGCGGGAGCACUGGUGGCAUAUCAGUUUCGGGCUGAUGAAGUCAAACAGCACAAGAAGGUGGAAGAAGAGCGCCUCCAACAACUCGACCGGCAAAGCGCAUUUCGCGAAAUGAAGUCCCGCAAAGAAGGAAGUACUUCCAACCAAGCGACGUCGGUGGUCUCCACAUCCGAGAUUCGUAUACUAUCCGACACACUUUCAGGGUCAGAAGCGAUUCAGACAAGACGCGAAAGAUCUCGCUCGCCGUCUGUGAAGCGAACGCGGUCGCAAUCCUCUUCAGUUGAAGCAAGAUCGCCGUCCCGCCAUAGUCGGCAGGAUCGUCGACCGAGAUUGCGCGAGAGGGAGUCGUCGCUGUCUCGAUCAAGGCGGUAUAGUCUGUCCUCAGAAUCGCGGUCUAGGUCUAGUAGCAGCUCUAGGUCAAGGUCACGCUCACGGUGGAGGUCAAGGUCACGCUCACGAUCGAGGUCAAGGUCGCGAGCUAGAUCUCGUUACAACCGCGAGCGCAAGGUUCAUAAACGCCGUGGCUCAUCGAACAGAAGAGAUCGUAGUAGCGAGGGCCGCAAAAGGAGACGGGUAAAGAGUAGAUUUCGAUCUGGCUCCCGCCAUAGAAAACAUGUCCGCUCCAGAAGCGGCGAUGGUAGGCGGCGUAAAAGACGUGAGUCUCGUUCUCAAACUCCACCACGAGUACGGCAAAAGUAA